UCUCAAAUACUGAGAAUUGGAUUAAUGAAUAAUGACAAUGAUUGAAGAAAAAGGGUAGAGAAUUAAAGCCCUUUGUUUCUGCCCCAGAAUUCGUCCCAAAAAUUUUUCCUUUUUUGUUUUGAAGAAUAAAAAAAUGGCUGAUUUCUUAUUCCUUUCUGAUAGUGAUAAUGAGAAAGCGGUGGAUGAGUUACUCUCUGAAACAAUGGAUGAAGCCAUUCUUGAACAGAUUUCAGCCAUAAAUUGCUCUGGAUUCACUGAUUCAAACCUUCCUGCUCACUUGGAAACCCGGUUUCAAAAGCUCAAAUCUUUCCCAUCGGCAAAUUCAAAGCCUAAUAAGUAUUCACCUCACUGCCACUCUGCUUCCGCGUCAGUCUUCAAGAACUCAAAAAAUGAUGAAGAUUCAGUUGAGGAAAAGGAUUUCAAGGAGAAUAUAAAUUCAGGGUUUGGUUCAAUCCCAUCAAAAUCAUUGAGUUUUUCUAACAAAGAUGAGAUUUUUCAGGAUUCUAAGAAAAACCCUGACUGGAGAAAGGGUUUAAAGGCAAAGUCAGAAACCGAAUUUUUAUCAGCUACUUCGGAUUCAUUUGAUUUUUCUGCUGAAAAUGAGUUUUUUCCCUCUUCCAAGAAAAUCCCGUCUGGGAAAAAUAGGAAGGAAUUGAAAUCUCCUUCAGGGUCUUCUCCACUGCCCUCUGAUUCUUCAAGUGAGGCAUUGUCUCCGCCUCAGAAAAGUGGCUGUUUGUGGUGUUCUCCCAGGAAGUCUUCCUGCAAAAAGAAUAAGGAGAACAGGGUUUUAAAUGUAAGCCUUGAUUGGGGGAAGAAUGAUGAGGUUUUAACAGAUUUGAAUACUUUCUCAGGAAAAAACCAGCAGAAAUUGCUUAAGAAAGCUAUGAAGGAAGAGGAGGAAAUCAGUAAAGAGGCCGAGAAAAUUGUUAAGUGGGCAAAGCAAGCCUCUGCCAGGAUGGAGAUUUCCUGCAUUGAAGAUGAUCUCAGUGACAAUGAGAGUUUCCAAUGAUGAAGGUGUUCUUGAUGGCCAGUUUACACUCCGUUAUGUUUCAUGUGUCUAAAUCAGAAUGGCAUUGCUUAUCAGCCAGAAGACGAAAUCAUGCACCAAAAUUCACCUCUUACUGAGAGAGCCUGUGCAACAUUACUGGAUGCCCCUUCUUGACUCUCUUCUGAUGAACUUGUGACUGCACUUUCAGAUCUGACAUUGUAGAUGUUGGGUGUCUUCAAAAGUUGUUUUCACUCCAAAUCAUUUGCCCUGUCAGAACUAACACAUUUUACAGCUUCUAUUGCAUCAAAUUCAAUCCUCGCAUAGUUUUAC